AUGCAGCAAGAGAUCCAAGCAUUGGAGGAUAAUAGAAUGUGGACAUUAAAAACAUUUUCACCAGAUAAGAAAAAGCUUGGAUGUCUAUGGGUGUACAAGAUCAAGUAUAACUCUGAUGGCACAAUCGAGCGUUAUAAAGCUCGAUUGGUCAUUUUCAAAAAUAAACAAGAGGAAGGAAUUUACUGCAAUGAAACAUUUGCUCCAGUUGCUACAAUAGUAACCUUCGGACCUUCCUGGCAUUUGCAACUUCACAAAAUUGAGAGAUGGAUGUUCAUAAUGCCUUCUUACAUGGUGACCUUACGGAGAAAGCUUACAUGA